AUGUCUUUCAAUUUUAAUAAUAAUAAUAAUCAACCAUCCCAAGUGCCCUCUGCCUUCCCUCAACAAAUGACCCCAAUGCAACAACAACAACAGAUGCCCAUGCAACAACAACAACAAAUGCAAAUGCCAAUGCCAAGCUUUGGUAACAACAACAACUACUACAAUGCUUUACCUACACAAACAUCUGGUUCUGUUAGACGUCUGAACGCCUCAUCCUACAAAAAGGAACUGCCACUGUGUUCAAUGAUCAUCACUGUGAACAACGAUGGCAGCUCCUACGACACUCUCUACACAUCUGUUGAGCAGGCCCCACCCAAUGCCAACGUCUCUAUUGGUUUAUGGCAGGUCAACUUUCCUGCCCUUACCCACAUCCUCGGUGCUCUGGACACUGGCGCCAUUGACGGAUCGAUCCGUGAGCUUAUGGAGGACUUUAACCGUGCCGAGCCCUCCACAAUCAUGAUCAACUUUGAGUGCUGUGGCUGCUGCAGCGACUCCUCGGGCUUUAGCAACAACAAGGACGUAGUCCUGAAGCUAAUUAGAAAGGCCCUCAACCGCGGCUACACUGUCCAGUUUGGUGAUUUUGCCACCAAGGCAUUAAUCAAGGACUGGAACACUGAGCUCCUUGGACCACGCGCCUUUAAUCAGAUCGGCACCUUCUCUUCAAGCUUUGAUCUAAAGUUCAACCCAGACACACUUAUCAGUUGUGCCUGCGCCCAGCUCAAGGUGGUCGGCGAGCUCUGCCGUGAGAAGGGCUCAGCACAUCUACAUGCCAUGGGUGGCACGGUCAGGUUCACAGUGAACAAGGCCGAUGCCGACAACAACAUCUAUGAGCUCCAGGUGCUCACCGUGAUGACCAAACAUGACAACCAGCCAGAGACGGCUGGCCACGAGGUUGUCACCUUCAACAAUGAGGACCACCGAGGAUCUGUCGGACAUGCCAUUCUCAAGUAUAGGGCCACUGAACAGACCCCAGGAAAGACUCUCCCUUCACAUGGAUACCUGGUGGUGUCGGCCGGUCACUGGAUUGAGCUCACUCGUCUCGACACUAGUGCUGAGGCUGUUCGCACCAAGCUCAACUCUCAGUUCGGAGCUGCAAAGGCAACCGAGUUUAUGAAAGAGUACGAGAACUUGUCAGCACAGCCACAACAGCAAAUGGCCUUUAUGCAAUCCAAUGCACGCUACAUUGUACAGUCCAAUGCCUAUCAACAA